AUGCCUGCAGUAUUUACUGGAAACGGAUAUCGAGAGGUCGUCAGCCCUAACGCCAGAGCUGGCGACUUCUCCGAACUACCCAUGAUAGACUUGAAGUAUGCAUCAAGUCCAAACCUUCAAGAUCGGCUCAAAGUCGCCGAACAAUUGUGCGACGCCUGCACAAGGAUCGGGUUUUUCUAUAUCAAGAACACGACAAUGCCUGAUGAGAUCAGAAAAGGAGCAUUUGCUGCCGCCAAGAAGUACUUUGAGUUACCAUUCGAGACUAAGAUGGAAAAUCACAUUAACAAGAACCCGGCCUUUUUCGGUUACACGGGCAUGUAUGAUGAGAACCCAGACGCAACAAAGAAAGGAGAUCUACACGAAUGCUUCGAUAUCAACUACCAAGCUUCAGCAGACUACCUAGACCACCCUCGGGAGAAGGUCCAAGAGAUGUUAGCAUCAGGCGAGAUUUGGCCCUCCGUCUGGCCGGGCGGGAUCGCAGAAGAUGACUUCAGAAAACCACUCGAGGCGUACCAACGAGAGAUCCUGAGAAUCGGACGUACUCUGGUCCGCUUAUUCGCGCUCGCAUUGAACAUGCCCGAAGACUUCUUUGAUGACAAGUUUACCGUCCCGGGGCUCAUGCUUCGGGUACUGCUUUAUCCGCCACAGGAUCACAAGCCGAAGGAGGAUCACGUUGGGAUUGGCGCACAUACUGAUUAUGACGUCCUGACCAUCCUUGCUCAAGAUGAGCACAAUGCAUUACAAGUCCUCAACCGCAACGGGGAAUGGAUCCAAGCGCCUCCAAUCCCAGGUACCUUUGUGGUGAACAUUUGCGAUCUCAUGGCUCGCUGGACUAACGACGUCUUUGUGUCAACCGUACAUCGCGUCAUCAACGAGAACAAGACAGACCGCUACUCAAUCCCGUGUUUCUUUGGUGUCAACUACAAAACUAUAGUGGAGGCCCUCCCAACAUGCUGCAGUGAGAAAAAUCCUCAAAAGUGGCCGGCUGUGCAGGCUGGAGAGUAUAUUUUGCAAAGACUGCGCGAGAGCUACCCGAAUCGGGAGAUGGCUUGGUCGCAGAACGGCGCGAUCAAGGUUGCGCCCGACGUAGAGGAGCCGGAAAUUCUUGUGGCUUGA